GUUUAUGACUUUGUGGCCGUGGUAACUAGUGACGACCGUGUUGUUGUUUCCUUUUAUCAGACUGAAAAUAAGUUUCCUGCAAAAUAUUUUUAAACGACCGCUAGAAGAUGACGAUGAAACGAACAUCAAGUUAUGCUCUAUUUUUACUGUUUAUGUCGUUUAUUUUAGCUGAGUCUGCACCUCGACAGUUGAACACGGAAAGCAUUCUGAUCAAUGUGACAGCAGGGACAUUGGAUGACACACAGGGGCAGGAGUCCAACAACUUGCAGAUCAACCUGAAUAUUUCAGUGGAUGAAGAACAGGUGCUCAUCAAUGACAUCCCUGUGGAGUUGUCAGGAGUGACUAGGUUGAACUGCCAAGCCUUGCUGUUGGAUACCAUCAAUGGAACCAGUGAAUUUGAAUCUGGUGACUAUGUGUCCACUGUCACCCGGGUGAUGGUGAGCCAGAAUCGCCUGUGGAGUGAUUCAGAAGAGGUGGUGGCUCUCCAGGUGUUCAGCGAGGUCAUUGAGAUGGAGGGGAAAAAGGUCCAGCAGCCAGAAAUGUGCGAAGUUAAGAUACUGAUGACCCCCAAUUUCCAGAAGCUUGCUCGGUAUACCAACACCUACCCCAUUGGACACAGUGAGAUUUUCAGGAUCCCAAGGGAAAAUGAUGUGGUCAUCACAGAUCCAACAAAUCCUAAAAAAGCUGAAGACCAAGUGAUGUCCCAUACCACCAUUCAUUACCCUCUGAAGCAUGCUGACACCACCCAGGAGGAGAUUGCUGCCCCAGGCAAGCUCCCAGAGACUCCCCUCCGCAUGGACCCAGAUUUGCUGUAUGAUAACAAUGAUGAGGAUGAUGACUUGGGAGGGCUGUCGGAUGAAAUGCAGACAGAGGCACCGCUCAAAGAAUCCAUCUCCUCUUACAGUGCCAUGUGUCGAUGGGUGGAGGAGGUGAGGGACCGCCUGCGACGCUUCUGGUCUGAGUCCUUGCCCCUGUUCUUUUUGGUCAUGUGGGUGGUGGUGAUUGGUGUGGUUGGGUCAGCGGUCAUUGUCAAGAUCCUGGACGUGCUCUUCCCAACAUGUGAACACAAGGGAAUUUUCCAUUUAAAUCCUGUGACUCUGAUGCCUGAAGAUGAGAAACACACCCUGCUAGAGAACAUUGAAAUAGAGGCAGAGGAAAAAGCCUUAAAUGAAAACUGAAGACUGAUGAAGUGGAGUGAGUCUGAUUGCAGCUGUUGACAACACAAGGCAUUAUGUGGUUAGAGAAACCAUAAUCUUUUUGUAGCACUUAUUAAACAUGCAUUCCAUACACAUUAUUUGCUUUAUACCCUCUACUCAAAACAUGAAUCUGAUAUGUUAAUACUGCAACAGAUCAUACUUAUGGACCUAGCUACCUACUGCACACUGUUACUUUUCAUAUUAUGAUUGUGUUACCUCAGUUACAAUAUUAUUUUGUGUUAAGAAGUUUGGAUAUACCGUGGCGGCAGGUAGCCUAGCGGUUAAGAGUGUUGGGCCAGUAACCCGAAAGGUCGCUGGUUUGAAUCCCCGAGCUGACUGAAAAAUAUGCCGAUGUUCCCUUGGGCAAGGCACGUAACCCUAAUUGCUCAUGUAAGUCGCUCUGGAUAAGAGCGUCUGCUAAAUGACUAAAA